CCCCACCCUGCCCUUUCUCCCAGUGCCUGCCCUGUGCGCGCGCCUCUCCCCACCUUGGCAGAAGGGAGCCCCCUGCGCCUGUGCCUUGGCCCUUCUUCUCUCCUGCCUGCCUGACUGACUGACUGAGUGACUGAGACGAUGGGCUGGCGCUUCUGCUUGCUGCUGUGGGCGGUGGCGGCGCUGCGGAGCGGGCUGGCGGGGCCGGUGGUGCGCUGCGAGCCGUGCGGGCCCGGGGCUCUGGAGCGGUGCAAGCCCCUGACGCCGGAGUGCCCCGAGCCGGUGCGGGAGCCCGGCUGCGGCUGCUGCUGGACGUGCGCCUUGCGCGAAGGGCAACCCUGCGGCGUCUACACGGAGCGCUGCGGCGCGGGCUUGCGCUGCCGGCCCCCAAGCCAGGAGCCUAAGCCGCUGCAGGCGCUGCUCGACGGCAAGGGGCUCUGCGCCAACGUCAGCGGCGAGGCGGCGCGAGGAGGAGGAGGAGACAGAGACCGAGGCGCGAGCCCCUCGAGCAGCAGCAGCAGCAGCAGCACCCUCCGCGAGCUCCUCUUGAGCGUGGCUCACGCGCCAGGUAAUUCUAGUGAUUCAGAUGAAGAUCAGAACAUCAGUGGCAUGGCGACUCAACCUGUCCCCAAUACACACAGGCUGUUGGAAUCCAGGUCACAUGGUCAUCACACGAAAAUAGAUAUCAUCAGGAAAGAGCAUGCCAAAAAUACCCAGCGCUACAAAUACGAUUCACAAAGCACAGACACGCUGAAUUUUUCUUCGGAAUCCAAACAAGAUAUUGAAUAUGGUCCUUGUCGAAGAGAAAUGGAGGAUACGUUAAAUAACCUAAAUAUCCUGAAUGUCUUAAGUCCAGGAGGACUACAUAUUCCAAAUUGUGACAAAAGAGGUUUCUACAAGAAAAAACAGUGUCGUCCAUCCAGAGGCCGAAAGAGAGGCUAUUGCUGGUGUGUGGAUAAAUAUGGACAGCCACUCCCUGGAUAUGAUGGAAAAGGAAAAGAGGAUAUUCAUUGUUACAGUUUUGAAAGCAAGUGAGAGACAUUAUUACCUGCCAUGAUAUCAGUGUGUGGCAUCUUGUUUUGUCAGAGGCCUUGAAGUGACUAAGACAGUAUUUAACUAAACUGGACUUUGGGGUUCUGAGGCUUACCCCCUAUUUUUAUUAGGGGAUUCAAUGAUUCUAUGGACUGUGCAGCUGCAGCCUGGCACUGACAUACUUUUAGUUUUUCCAUAGAUUUACACAGAGAGCUCUGAAAUUCUAAAUAAAUGCACUAUUAAUCCCCAUAAAGAAUAAUAAGAAAAGGCACUUCAGAAUAGAUUCAGGGAGUCUCCACUGACUUUUUGUUUGUUUGUUUCAUUUUUAAAAUCAUGGUGUGUGGCCAAUUUGAUCCCGAGAGAUCAUUCGUGCUUUUGUCUUGAAGAAUUUAAAGACUACAAGCUUCGUAAAGAUAUUAAAUAUAUUGGGUAUGGCCCUGCCUAAGCUAAGCACUUUCAAGUCACACAGAGUUCACCUGGAUAGCUAAGCAUGAGCUCUAUUAUUUCCCAGAUUGAAGAGACUUAGAAAUGCUUAGCUUGAAUUGGAUUGUGUCCAAGUGGUUUUUUUUUAAUGUAAGUCUGAUGGGAAGCUUAUCAUGACGGGUAAAAAUGCUUUAUUAAAAGAAAGCUCAAUGAUUUUUUAAAAUGCAACGUAUUUCUAUAUAUGCCCUGUUUUUGUUCUGUAAAAUGUACUUAUUAUGAACAUUCUGUUAGUCUGUAUUUAAUAUGUAUAAAUUUUUAAAAUAAACUAUUUAAUGAUAUAACAUGGAUAUUCAAAUAUUAUAGAUUUAUUACAAUUAAGGUGUUGGAAUCACAGACACCUUAAAGGACCAGACUCAAAAGUGUCUUCAAAACUAAGGAAAAA